GGAGGGGCAGAAAUAAUAAAUAAAAUAAUAAAACAAAAGAACAAAUACACUGACUUCUUAAUUCCAUAAUUAAAAAUGAAGUCAAUAACAGCAACCCACCUCCGCCACCACUGGCUCAACAAGCUCGAAAUCGCCCUGCUCGACGUGCGCGAAGAAGGGCCCUACUCGCUCUCCCACCCCCUGUGGGCCAUCAGCGUCCCCGUCUCAGAGAUCGAGUCAAAACUCCCCCCUCUCGUUCCACGCCUCUCCGUCCCAAUCGUCGUCUACGAUGGCGGAGAAGGGUAUGCUGAACGCGCCGUCCCCCGCAUUCAAGCACUGGGGUACGCCGACGUCGCAAUCCUCCAGGACGGACUGAAAGGCUACGCCGCCGUCGGCGAAGUCUACCGCGACGUCGGGGUGCCCUCAAAGGCAUUCGGCGAGUUAGUCGAAGCGAUAAACCAUACCCCGUCUGUGUCUGCGCGGGACGCGAAAGAGAUUCUGGAGAAUAAAGACAGUGAUGUCGCCGUUCUGGAUGCGCGCCGGUUCUCGGAAUAUAAUACCAUGAGCAUCCCCCGUGGCCGUAGCUGUCCCGGCGGGGAACUGCUGUAUCGCUUCUUUGAGGCUGUCCCGUCUGCUGAGACGACUGUUGUUGUGAACUGUGCAGGGCGCACGAGGAGUAUUGUUGGUGCGCAAAGUCUGAUUCACGCUGCGGUGCCGAAUAAGGUGCUUGCGUUGAGGAAUGGGACGAUUGGGUGGUCGUUGGAGGGAUUGCAGCUGGAUAGUAAGAAGACAGAGAGGGUGGAGAGGCCGGAGAAGGAGGCUUUAAAUCGGGCGAGGGAGCGGGCAGUCAAUUGGGCUGAGUAUGUCGGUGUCAAGCUUGUUGAUGGGAAGCAGCUGGCUGGGUUUGUGGAGGAGGACCGGACGCUGUAUCUCUUGGAUGUACGCGAUCCGGAGGAGUAUGCCCUCGACCAUCCUGAUGGCUUUGUCAAUGCCCCUGGUGGUCAACUCGUCCAGGCUACGGACGAAUGGGUCGGUGUACGCGGAGCACGACUGGUUCUAUAUGAUACCGACGGUGUACGCGCACGCAUGACAGCCAGCUGGCUUUUACAGCUUGGAUGGGAGGUGUAUGUCUUUGACGGGUCAAUUCCAGACCUCUCAACCCCAGAAAUUCCGUCGUGGAAACCAAAGGGAGGGAUAUCAAUCGACGAGUUCAAGGCCCUCCCUGCGAAGACGGUAAUCGAUCUCGCACGUAGUCCCGUCUACAGCAAAGGCCAUAUCCCAGGUGCAUGGUUUGCAUCUGGCCCGGAACUCGCCCGCGACUUGAAGACUCUCCCUGAGGGGCCCAUUGUCUUGACAUCGCCUGAUGGGGUUGUCGCAGCAGCAAACAUCGAGGAGGCACAGUCUACCUCCCGUGAGGUUCUAUAUCUUGCCGGCGGAACGGCAGCAUGGGUGGAUGCUGGGAAUUCCCUCGAGACUGAGCCAAGAUGGCUUUCGGAGCCGAUUGACGUGUAUAAGCGGCCGUAUGAAGGGACAGAGAACGCGCGAGAGGCGAUGCAGGGGUAUCUGGACUGGGAGUAUGGACUUGUAGCGCAGCUGGCGAAUGACGGCGUUGCUGGGUUUCAUGUUGUGCGACAUUCAAGAUAGAAUCAGCUUAUAUUAGAGAUCCUGUACUACCUCAAUCUAUCACUGUAUACCCUAGACAGCACCACCCGCAACGCCGGAAUCUCAACACCAACAGCCCUCCCUCUCUCAUCCACCUCGAAGACAAACUCAUCCAGACCUCUUCCUCCAUACUGCAGCUCAUCCACAUCCAUCCACGACACACAAGUCGGGGUAUCAUUAUCCGCCAGCUCCGUGACAUCCUGCAACACAGCCCUAAACGCCUGUUUCGAGCCAACACGCUGCGUGGGAUAUAAUCUGAUACUCAGGUCCUUGGACUGCUCCACACCAACAAGCCCAGACAACGUUUCCCGGAAAUCCGUCCCGUUGCUGAUAAACUCGUCGAUAUACAAUCCCAUCAGAUUAUCUUGUCUGACCGUGAUAGACGAGAGACUGGUAGAAUCCGCAGCAGCAGUAUAUGUACCAUUGAAGCUC